UCAGCCGUGCGUAUCCGUUCGCACGUCGCUUCUCUCCGUAUUGGAAAAAAGCCCCGUGCGGAUAGCAGCGAUGUCAGUGCAGACUGUGGCAGCAAAAAUGGCCGAGGUCGAAUUAAAAGACGUGGCCGGUAAAGAUCCUUCCCCCGCGAUUUCCCCACUGACACCCAAGGUGGAGGAGAAGAAAAGCGAAAAUAACUCUUCCACGUCGGCGGCCGCGGCGGGGGAGCCUAGCCCAGUGGUCGCCUCACCGAAGAUGCCGCAGGUGUCCGCUAUGAAGCGACCGGACCCGCAGCAAAACGGCGGUGAGGCGUUCGUCAACUGCGACGGCACAGUGGCCGAGGCACCGCGAAUGAAAAAGAUCCAGUUUGCAGAUCAGAAGCAGGAGUUCAACAAACGUCCUACUAAGAUCAGCCGCAGAUCUCUGUCUCGCUCCAUCUCUCAGUCCUCUACAGACAGUUACAGCUCAGCUGCCUCAUACACUGACAGCUCGGAUGAUGAAACGUCUCCACGUGAAAAGCAGCAGAAGAACUCCAAGGGCAGUGGCGACUUCUGCAUCAAGAACAUCAAACAGGCCGAUUUCGGACGCAGAGAGAUCGAGAUCGCCGAACAGGAGAUGCCUGCCCUCAUGGCGCUGAGGAAGAGAGCUCAGGGAGAAAAGCCAUUGGCUGGAGCCAAAAUUGUGGGUUGCACUCACAUCACUGCUCAGACCGCUGUGCUGAUGGAGACCUUGUCUGCUCUGGGCGCUCAGUGCAGGUGGGCCGCAUGCAACAUCUACUCCACCCAAAAUGAAGUUGCAGCCGCCCUGGCUGAGGGAGGUUUCUCAGUGUUUGCCUGGAAGGGCGAGUCGGAGGAUGAUUUCUGGUGGUGUAUCGAUCGCUGUGUUAACGUGGAAGGCUGGCAGCCCAACAUGAUUUUAGAUGAUGGAGGGGAUUUGACCCACUGGAUUUAUAAGAAAUAUCCCAACAUGUUCAAGAAGAUCAAGGGUAUCGUGGAGGAGAGCGUGACUGGAGUUCACAGGUUAUACCAACUCUCAAAGGCUGGCAAACUGUGCGUUCCCGCAAUGAACGUUAAUGACUCUGUGACAAAGCAGAAAUUUGACAACCUGUACUGCUGCCGGGAGUCCAUCUUGGAUGGUUUAAAGAGGACCACAGAUGUGAUGUUUGGUGGGAAGCAGGUGGUCGUGUGUGGAUAUGGAGAGGUUGGAAAAGGCUGCUCUGCUGCUCUUAAAGCGAUGGGCUCCAUUGUUUAUGUCACCGAGAUUGACCCCAUCUGUGCUCUUCAGGCCUGCAUGGACGGCUUCAGGCUGGUCAAACUCAAUGAGGUCAUCCGACAGGUCGAUAUCAUCAUUACCUGCACAGGUAACAAAAACGUGGUGGUUCGAGAGUACAUGGACCGUAUGAAGAACGGUUGUAUUGUGUGCAACAUGGGCCACUCCAACACCGAGAUUGAUGUGGCCAGUCUGAGGACCCCUGAGCUGACCUGGGAACGGGUGAGGUCACAGGUGGAUCAUGUGAUCUGGCCGGACGGAAAGCGAAUAGUAUUACUGGCAGAGGGUCGUCUUCUAAAUCUGAGCUGCUCCACCGUUCCUACCUUUGUUCUCUCCAUCACUGCAACUACCCAGGCUCUGGCUCUGAUAGAGUUGUAUAACGCUCCUGAAGCCCGCUACAAACAGGACGUUUACCUGCUGCCCAAGAAAAUGGAUGAAUAUGUGGCCAGCCUUCAUCUCCCCACAUUCGAUGCACACUUGACUGAACUGAGCGAUGAACAGGCCAAAUAUCUCGGCUUGAACAAAAAUGGACCCUUCAAGCCAAACUACUACAGGUACUAAACGAAAUCACAGAUGGGAAACGAAGACUGCACGAAAAAAAAUACCAAGACUCCAUAAUCCAUACAGACGAAGGCGAGACAGCUGUAUUACAGUCUGCCUGUGAAAGGGAAAUCUCCAAGCUGAUUGGUUAAAGGGGAGAAGGGCGUGGCUAAUAAGUGCUACGGCAGUGUUUAUUUAUUUUACGCUAGAAUAACAUAGCUAACCUUUUAAUGAGCUGCUACUGCCAGUGGUGCAACCUAGUCACAUUUCCGUGGAGAUUUCACCGUUUCAUCUUUUCUUAGCUUCAUGUGUCAGUUGUACGUAAUCCAUUUAGAAAUCUUUUAUUGUUUAACUCUUAUUAAGCUGUGGCAAAAAAGUAAACUUAAGAAAUUGUGCGAUCAUACCUGAUCAUUUAGUCACGGACAUGUCACGUGUCCUGUGUUUUUUCUAUGUAUGAUUUUCUUCUUUUGUAUGAAAUGAGGGCGAGAGAAUGGGCGUAGCCAUUUUUCUUUUAGUUGAUCACACUAUUCAAAUCAUUUUGUUGAAAAUGUUUAUUUUUUAAACCUGCAUUCAUUUUUACACAUUUUAACGCUCUCGAUUCUAAAUAAAAGCUGUUGAAAUGUUACUGGAUUGUGAACGAUUCGGGGGCGGGGCUUAUCCCCAGCGUUCCCUCGGACUGGAAGAUAACCACCUCAUUGGCAUCGGCAUCUAACAUAUUUUUCCACGCUCUUGUUUUCAUGUGCAAAAACAAAUCCAGUAUUUACGUUUGAGAGAAAACUGCUCAAACUAUGCGCUUUUCCAAGAAUUGACUGUCUCGAUCUGUCCACAUUACUGCUGAAAGUCAUCAGGCUGUAAUCACAGGGGUGUAUAUUAAGAUAUUUGUACAAAAUGAUUUUUUUAUCUUCUGUCGUUCACGUUUGUUCUUAUGAGCUCAUCGUCUAUCAUUAUAAGAGAUAAGCAAUUACAUGUUCUAUUCUACUGUAGUGUAAAAUUAAAUUGAAUGAAUCCCUUGUUUUAUAUACUGUGAAGUAGAGCUUAUGUCAAUGAAAUACCAAAUGUACAGUUAAUCCGGUACUAAGUUCCUUUCCAGGUUAUUAAAUGAGGCCAAGAACAACUUCUGUACUCAUUUCAGAGGUUAGAAGGAAAGAUCUUGAAGUAAGCGCUUUGGUUUUGCUGCCUUUGUGACUGGGAUAUUCAAAUCUAAUAAAAUUGGGACCUUUAUUUUACUAUAUUUUUAAAGAUCUUUAUGACAGAUAUUUAUCUCUUUUGCUGUGUUUGUCAUAAAGAGAAUCGAAUUCAUCAGUUUUCUGUUAAAUGUGGCAUCACUUUCCUUUCCGGUCUGUUUCUCACCUAGAUCUCACUCUGUGUCACGGUUCACCAGAGCCAAAUACUGGGUAGAUUUUCCACCUGCAUCUCUAUUUUGGGAACGCACAAUUAACUAUUUACCUGCGGAUUGCUUAUUUCCACUUUGCAGAACCCUAAAGGCAUAUAACAGUGUAAGAUCUUGUCAUAAGACUGCCUGAUCUUCAGAAAAUUCAUCUUUGCUUUUUCAAACACAAAUCGAAUUAAAUGCAUUGUCCUAUUACAUUGUUAGUCUGUGAUGCUCUUAUUUUGUUAUGUGUCCAGUCGACUAUUAGUAUUAAAAAUAUGAGCCCCACGAAAGCCCUAUUGUCACUUUCUCAGUCUGUCUUUAUCUGCUUACCACGCAGUCCUUGGUCUGAAGCACAUCUGUCGUGUACGUCUUGUUAAAGUGUUAAACCCAUUGUCUUAAUUUUUUUUAAAUACUUGUCUGCAGGGUUAUAUGUGUGUGUGUGUGUGUUAGAGUUUUUAAAGAGGCUCACAUGGUCAAAGAAUGAUAUCUCCAGAGGCCAGGGCUUCGUCUCUGUGUCACGACUCAUCAGUCUGUGCAUCUCUGCAAGUUUUGUCACUACCAGCACCUCUUCUAGAGAAUGAGCGUUGACCUAGGAAUCAAAACAACUGUAUUUAUUGUAAGUCUUCACUACGAAUACAAAAGUCUCUUGAGUUGUCAAAUAUGUUUAAAUAUUGCAAGUGAUGGUAGAUGAGCAAUAAUCUGUAAUCUUGAAGUACAAAUAAAAACAAGAAAAGUGAA